AUGGAAAAAGAAGGUAGCAAACAGGAAACAAAUCCUCGAAUACCAUCAGCAGUCUUUGUGGAUGAUGUAGAUAAGUUUAUGGAAAAAACAGAAAAUAGCAGUGUUGAAGAUGUACUUAAAAGAUUGGAUGAGCAACAUAGCAAAUAUAAAUUUUUUGAAUAUAAUUUAAUUACUAAGAGAAAAAGAUUGCAAUCACAAUUACCAGAUUUAGAAAAUACCCUGGAGAUGAUUCAAACAAUGAAAGCUCAUAAAGGACAACAGUUGAAGACAGACUUUUUAUUAUCCGAUGAUGUUUAUGCUAAAGCUCAUAUACAAGGAACUGAUAAUGUGUAUCUUUGGCUUGGUGCUAAUGUCAUGUUGGAAUAUAAUCUAGAUGAUGCCACUGAACUUAUUUCAAGAAAUAUACAAUUGGCCACAGAUAAUAUGGGACAAGUUGAUGAUGAUCUUGACUUUCUAAGGGAUCAGUUCACUACAACCGAAGUUAAUAUGGCCAGGGUGUACAACUGGGACGUAAAACGACGACAAGCAGCCAAAGCUAAACAAUAA